UCCGUAACAAAGCUCAUUGCUGUCGCCUCACCUACAUAGGUGUCAUCAGCUGUGUCGGUGGAUUUUUUUGAAUUAUUAAAUAUCGAGUAGCGUCUGUUUUAGGUAACAAGCAAGCUAGCUAGCAUUGAAGUGCAUAUAACAGCUAGAUAUAGGUAAAUUAUGAUGGAGUGUGUUAGCAAUUAGCACAAUUGCUACCGUUACCUGUGGACAGAUCCUUUUGGUAUCAUGUCGCUUGCUAGCUAACUUUAGCUAAAGAAGCCUUAUUCACCUUUCGACUUUGUCGAGCUGUAAACGCAAUGUAAACUUGCUAGGUAAUUUAACGAUAAUAAGCGUACAUGCUCGCUAUUUUUAGCAUUUCGCAUAUAAACUAGCUAAAUAACCUAGCAAGUAGGUUAGCUGUAAUAUAUAGGCAGCUGGCUAGCUUGCUUUGACUAUUUUAGGUGGAAUAACGGAACCUUGCUAUACAUUGCAAAGCUUUAGUAACACACACUAACUAGGUUCAUAGCAUGACGUCAAUGCCUAUACCAUUAAAUGGACCGAGACUAACAGCAAGGGAAUGUUUUUUCAUCUCUAAUAUCCCAUGUCCAUAUUUGGGUGCCUUUUCUCCGUGAAGGGUCAAUCCUAUUGAAUGAAGAUCCAACUGCGAGGAACACAAAGCCUGUCCUCUUGUCGGCGUUGAGGAGAUGUCAUUGACAGCAGCAUGCAUUUUGCUGGCAGGAGCAGCAGCAGCACCGAUGCCCCCAUGUCUAGCACCGUCUCCAUCGGUUCCUCUUUUCGUUUCUUGCCUGCUAUCAGCUUGGGAAUCAUCGCAGCAUUACUUUUUCAGUUUGGAUAUGGAGGGCUCACCAUAACGUCAUUUUUUCUGAAGCUUUUUAUUUAUAUCUCGUUUGCCUUGCUGUGCUUCUUGUUGGGAAGCUUUGGUCUCCUUGUGAAGAAAGGUCCACCUAAAAUUAGCAGAUUUGAAACUGCCAAGAGACAGUCUACUUUCCUUUUGGAGUUGUUUAACAAAUUAAUGGGAAGGUUCACGGUGCCCCUUUUGGAUUCUGCACAGACAAGAAGAGUGGUGAUAUCACACAAUGUGGACAAGGCCCUCAAAGAAGUGUUUGACUACAGUUACCGGGACUAUGUACUGUCCUGGUAUGUGCCGCUGAGCCGCGAUGAGGGUCAGCUCUAUCAGAUGCUGUCUGAGGACUUCUGGGAGAUGGCCAAGCAGCUCCGGGGCCGCCUGGCCAACAUUGACAUGGUCAACAUGGUCUGCAACGACACCGUGAAGACCCUCCAUACCCACUUCUGUGACCUCAAGAUGGCCAACACCAGACAGGAGGAGUUGCCCAAGCCCUUCCCCCUUCACCCGUGUCUACAGAGCCCAGAGGAGGAGCUGCGCUUCCUGCGUUGCUGUGCCCGCCUCCUCAUGCUGUGCCUGCUGCCCACGCGCGAUGCCCGUGCCUACAGCCUGCGUGUGGUGCUGGUGGAGGUCAUCACCACCAAAGUGCUGAAGCCCCUGGUGGAGGUGUUGAGCGACCCGGACUUCCUGAACCGCGUGCUGCUGUCUCAGCUGGAGCACCGCGAGCAGCUCAACGAGCACCAUAAGAAGGCCUACACAUACGCCCCAUCAUACGAGGAGUUCAUCAAGCUCAUCAGCUCCUCUUCAGACAUCGACUUCCUCAAACAGCUCAGGUACCAGAUCGUGGUGGAGAUCAUUCAGGCCACGACUAUCAGCAGCCUCCCCCAGUUAAAGAAACAGAAAGAAAGUAAAGGGAAGGAGACUGCAGCCAUGAAGGCGGACCUGCUCAGAGCACGUAACAUGAAGCGUUACAUCAACCAGCUCACCGUGGCCAAGAAACAGUGUGAGAAACGCAUCCGUCUUCUGGGGGGCCCCAACUACGAACAGCAGGAGGAGGGCUCCACGGAGGAGGGAGAUGGACCCCAGAGCCAGAAGAUCCUACAGUUUGAGGAGAUCAUGUCCAACCCAGGGUUCCGGGAGCACUUCCGUGUCUACAUGGAGCGAGUGGACAAGAGGGCAUUAAUCAGCUUCUGGGAGCUAGUGGAAACCCUCAAGACUGCCAACAAGAACGAAGUUCCUCAGCUGGUUGGUGAGAUCUACCAGAACUUCUUUGUGGAGAGCAGAGAGAUCCCUGUGGAGAAGGCCUUGUACAAGGAGAUCCAGCAGACCCUGGUGGGAAACAAGGGUACUGAUGUGUUCCUCCGGAUCCAGGGAGAUGUGUAUGAGACCAUGAAGGAACGCUACUACCCCUCGUUCCUGGUCUCUGACCUCUAUGAGAGGCUCAUCAGAAGAGAGGAGCAGCGCUGUAGCUCCCAGUCCAGCAGCGAGGACAAGGAUGAAGGGCUUCAAGUCCUGGAGGGAGGAGAGGAGGCUCUGGAUGAGGGCACUAAAGGCAUCAAUGAGCAGGCUAGCUACGCUGCCAACAAGCUUCGCCAGCUCUACGACAAGCUGGAGUACAAACGGCAGGCCUUAGGCUCCAUCCAAAACGCCCCCAAGCCAGACAAAAAGAUUGUGUGUAAGCUGAAGGAAGAGAUCGGGACCAUGGAGAAGGAGCACAGCGACCUGCAGCUACACAUCUCUCGCACAGACUGGUGGUGUGAAAACCUGGGGUCAUGGAGAGCCCUUAUCACAACAGCUGAGACCGUAGAGGAGAACGGGGAGCAGAUGCCAUGUUACUGUGUCUCAGUGAGCCUGCUGGAGGGAGAUGACUCAAAGAACAGCCGCUGGAGUGUCACCAGGAAGCUCAUCGAGUUCCAGGCCCUGCACCGGAAACUGACUGAGUGUUUCCCCAGCUUGAAAAAAGUCCAGCUCCCCUCAGUUAGUAAACUGCCAUUCAAGUCGAUUGACCAAAAAUUUCUUGAGAAGUCCAAAAACCAGCUCAACACAUUUUUGCAAAAAAUGCUGACAGACGAGCGGAUGUGUCAGAGUGAGGCGCUCUAUGCCUUCCUCAGCCCUUCCCCAGAGCACCUAAAGGUCAUGGACAUCCAGAAGAAGUCCUCUUUUUCCCUGGCCUCCUUCCUGGAGAAACUGCCUGGAGACUUCUUCUCACAUACCGAGGAGGAGACAGAGGAUGACAGUGACCUGUCAGACUAUGGAGACGAGGCAGAUGGGAGAAAAGAUGCCCUGGCUGAACCCUGCUUUAUGCUCAUAGGAGAGAUAUUCGAGCUCAGAGGAAUGUUCAAAUGGGUACGAAAAACACUAAUUGCACUAGUUCAAGUCACAUUUGGAAGGACCAUAAACAAGCAGAUUCGAGACACUGUUAACUGGAUCUUCAGUGAGCAGAUGCUCGUUUGCUACAUCAACAUUUUCCGGGAUACCUUCUGGCCAAACGGGAAACUGGCCCCACAAAUCAAGGCUCGCUCUGACUCAGAACGUCAAGAGACCAAGGAACGAGCACAACAGAAGUUACUAGACAAUAUCCCAGAUGCACUACAGAACCUGGUGGGACAGCAGAACGCCAGGUAUGGGAUCAUCAAAAUCUUCAACGCACUUCAGGAGUCCAAUGCCAACAAGCAUUUACUUUAUGUUUUGAUGGAGAUGAUUCUGAAAGAGCUGUAUCCAGAACUCAACAUGGAGGCAGAUCUCCAAAUCUAAGGCUACGCUUCCCAAAUGGCGCUCUAUUCUCUCACUUAGGUAGAUUACUAUAGGGAAUAGGGUGCUGUUGGGAGUCUGCCUAACUCAAACACUCAGUGAAGUAGAUGGAGGUACUCCUGGAGAUCUAAGUGGGCUUCAGAUAGUUUACAGGGGAACGACAAUGUUUUUGUUCAAACUACAUUUAUUAUUUUCACUCAACAGAUCAUGAAGACAAGCAUAACAUCAACAAAAUGUACUGUUUCAGCACAGUACACUUAAAUGGAUGUUUUCUGUUGUUGUUCUGAGAUACCUUUAUCUGAAUGCACUUGGUUUAUUUAUUGCUCAAACUAGAGAGAUAAGCUUUGGUUUGUUUCUACGCUACAUCUUUUCAGUAGCAGAAUUGUGACAAAUGAAAAAUCAGUUCCACUGCCAAGAGCUGUUGCAAAAAAGCCAGGCUAUUGAUUGACUCCUGUUUGUUUUGGAUCCAGGUAGGACUUACAUAAUGUGAAUAGUGGUGAAAUGAGUGUUGUGCCCAUGACGAAGAAAAAAAGCUGCAUAACGACCUCAGAUACAUUCCUGACCAAUAUGUUACCUGUGCGUGUUCAUUGUAAAACUGCUUCAUUGUGCAAUAUGUCAUGUAAUGUCUGUGACAAUUUUAUUUGUGAUUUAUUGAUAGAUUUUAUUUUUACCAAAAAAAAAUGUUUAGAGCAUUUACAAGCAAUAAAUUGCAAAGACAAAGCACUUGAUUAAUCCA